AAUUCCCCAUUCCUGUCAUGCAAUUCCAAGCUACGCUAGGUCAUCUCCCUCUCUCUCUCUCUCUCUGUGCAACUUUUCUAUAUCACCUAAGAAUAAUGCUAGAAUCAGAUCCACCUCUCCUCCACAACUAUGCAGAUCUUCUACGCCACUCAGGUGAAAAUUAUGCAGUUCAGCAAAGUGAAAUCAUGGAGGAAUGUGAACUCCCACAAAUAGAUCUUAGUGGUCUGAGAAGUGAUCAUGAAGAGGAGAGAGAAGCUUGUGCAGCAGCAAUCUCCAGAGCUUCAUCCAAAUGGGGUUUCUUCCAAGUGGUGAACCAUGGCAUAAGCCCUGAAAUCCUGGGGAAGAUGAGGAGAGAGCAAGUAAAAUUGUUCAAGUCACCCUUUGAGACCAAGGCUUCUUGUGGGCUCUUAAAUAACUCUUAUAAGUGGGGAACUCCAUCAGCUACUUGUCCAAAGCAGUUCUCGUGGUCUGAGGCUUUCCAUAUUCCCCUAACAAAGAUCUCAGAGGAAGCUUGUUAUGGAGACUUCACCUCCUUAAGGGAAGUAAUGGUGGAAUAUGCAGCUGCAAUGCAAGAACUGGCAAGAUUACUUGCUGGAGUUCUGGUAAUGAACUUGGGACACAAAAGGGGUCUGUUUGAAGAAGUUUGUGAUGAAAGCACUUGUUUUCUUCGGCUGAAUCGCUAUCCAACCUGUCCAUUUUCGCCACAGGUUUUCGGUUUAGUACCCCACACUGACAGUGAUUUUCUCACUAUCCUUCAACAAGAUGAAGUUGGAGGACUUCAACUCAUGAAGGGCUCCAAAUGGGUAGCUGUCAAACCCAAUGACAACGCUCUAAUCGUCAACAUCGGAGAUCUUUUUCAGGCGUGGAGCAAUGAUGUGUACAAGAGUGUGGAGCAUAGGGUGAUUCCUAAUGGGAAGGUGGAGAGAUACUCAAUAGCCUAUUUCCUCUGCCCUUCGUAUGACUCAUUGAUUGGGAGUUGCAAAGAGCCUUCUAUUUACAGGAAAUUCACAUUCGGAGAGUACAGACGCCAAAUUCAACAAGACGUCAAAAUGGCCGGCCACAAAGUGGGUCUUCCAAGAUUUCUACUCCAUGUUCACAAUUAACUGGGACCAUUUUUGUCUCGCAUCAACAUCGAAAUUGUCUCGAAUGUGAUGCAUUUCGACGGGUUUAUGCCAAUUUCUUCCGAGACUAGUUCAUUUACUGUAUAUUAGUU